AUGGUUAAGACAACAUACGCCCUGACCCUUUGUGCCGCUGUGGCAUUGGCUGCGCCUUUGCCUCCGAGUGAGAACGACGCAGGAACCGGUAUGGUUCACAUGCGCCGGGAUGGCAGCGGUAACUUUAUCGGUGCCGGUACAGCAGGCGGCGAAGUAAACGAUAUGAUUGCUUCGCUGCUGCAGCCCAAGCUGAGCUCCCGAGAUGGUGAGCCGGCGGAUGAAAAGAAGCCUGUCGGCGACGAGAAGCCUGCUGGUGAUGACAAGGAUUCGAAGGAUGGCAAAGAUGACAAGGAUGGUAAAGAUGGCAAGGAUGCGAAGGCCAAGAAGAAGACGCCUGAGCCGCCUAAGCACCACAUCAUCAACAGCCUUCCCAUCAUUGGAACACUUCUCGGUGGUGUGCCGAAGCGAAGCGUCGAGCAUACUCCUCGCUCGCUGACUGGUGAUCUCAGCAAUUUCCCUCUCUUGGGAAGUCUGUUCGGCGGGAACCAGGCUCAUCCAGCCAAUACUCCUAAGAAACAGACUCGAUCUGUUGAUGGGUACCCCUUGUAUGGUGGCCAGAACUGGGAUCAAAACGAGGGUCAGAACCACGGCCAGAACUAUGGCCAAAACUAUGGUCAAAACUAUGGUCAAAACUAUGGUCAGAACCACGGCCAAAACGACGGCCAAAACGAAGGCCAGAAUGAAGGCCAGAACGACGGUCAGAACGACGGCCAAAACGAAGGCCAGAACUGGCUCCAGAACUAUGGCCAGAACCACGGUCAAAACGAGGGUCAAAAUUACGGUCAAAACCACCGUCGAUCCAACGAAGAUCUAAACCAGCAGAAUGCCGAAGAUAUGAAGCUGGGCAGCAUCAGUGACGCCGUCAGCGGUGCUAUGGACGGCGGCCUUGAUCUUGCCGACAGCGUGAUGCCCUUCCGCCGCAGCGACCCCAUCAGCGAUCUUGCCAACAGCAUCGGACCUGCUCUAUUCCCUCAGCACGGAGGCCUAUCCGGCCGCAGUGAGAAUGUCGAAGACGGCGAGCCCGAUUCUUUCGACACCGGGUCCAGUGAUACCGACGCUGCAGAUGUCGCUGACGAAAUCUUGAUGCGCCGUGCUACUCCCACCGGAACUAAGAAUCCUACUACCACACCUUCCUCUUCGUCUACCCCCCCUCGGCCUCACCUAGUACCAGCCUCAGUGACCCCCCUCGGUCUGAUGAAGGAACUCGCCCGUGAGAGUGGCCUGGGCGGCCUGAUUGGUAACGCCCACCACGGCGUUGGUAUUCUCCCGAUGAAAUCUCGUGAUGUUCACGAGCUUGAGACUCGUGAUACUUCCCCCAUUCAAGGCUCGACCCUCCCCGAUGUCCUCCUCCAGGGUGGUGUCAUUGGGAAGGUUAGCCACUUCCUUUCUAACCCCAUUGGUGCCCCUGCUGCUGCCCCCGCUGCUGCCCCUGCGGCUGGUGGUGAGGCUGCUGCCCCUGCUGCUGCUGGCGGCGCUGCAGGUGCCGGUGGUGCUGGCGCCCCCAAGGCCGGCGGUCCUACUCCUCCCCAAGCGGUGCGGAAGUAG